AUGGUCUUUGUUUAUUACUUGAUCUUGACUGUGGGUUCUCAAUGUAAAAACAAUUUCAGACAGCAUAGAUGGGAUUGUAUUACAAAAACAAUUUUGAUUUGCUGUGUUCUUACAAGCAUUGAGUAUUUGGGGGCUGGUUUAUAUAUUGUUAUUGCCAAAGAUAAUGGAUUUAGUCAUCAAAACUGGUUAGCAUACUUUGUUAGAGGACUAAUUUGGAUCACCCUUACGGUGUCUGUGCCAGUACAAGGAUUAAAGUGGAUUGAUGUUCUGAAAUCUGCAUGGUGGAUUCUGUAUUUUCUGUUGAUUUCAGCGGUAAAUAUUGAAGAUUUAUUCAAAUCACACGACAUCCAAAUCCUGGAAAUUACACCCUGGAUUGUGAAUUUGUUGCUUUUCUUGUAUGGUUUAAGGUUUCUGUAUGGGGUAGUAUUUCAUCCAAACUCAGCCAAUAGUUUGUUAGAACCUCUGAUUCAUGAAGUGUUUGAUAAAAGCCAGAUGAAUGUUGGGGAAGUUAGUUUUUUAAGUAGAUUGUCAUUUUCUUGGAUAAAUUCUCUACUUCGAUUAGGUUAUCGAAAAUCUUUAGUUCUUGAAGAUAUUCCUUGUUUGGGAUCUGAGGACGAAGCAGUUUUGGCUUACGAGAAAUUCAAUCAUGAAUGGGAUUCACUUACAGGGAAAGGCUCGGAUAGUUCGGAUAACUUUGUUUCUUGGGCUAUUGCGCGAAUUUAUUGGAAAGAUAUGGUAUUUGCUGGAAUCUGUGCAUUGAUUAGGACAAUUGCUGUUAUAGUUGCUCCAUUGUUGCUAUAUGCUUUUGUAAAUUAUUCGAAUAGUGAAACAAAAAAUCUCUACAAGGGUAUUUUGUUGGUGGGGUACUUGGUUGUGGCUAAGGUGUUUGAGUCUCUAUCUUAUAGACAUUUCUUUUUCUCCUCAAGAAGGAUUGGUAUGAGAAUGAGAUCAGCUCUGAUGGUGGCAGUAUACAAAAAGCAGCUCAAGCUUUCGAGUAUUGGGAGAGUAAGGCACUCGACCGGUGAGAUAGUGAAUUAUAUAGCUGUUGAUGCAUAUCGAAUGGGAGAAUUCCCGAUGUGGUUUCAUAUGGGAUGGAGUUUUGUACUCCAAAUUUUUCUUGGGGUUGCUGUACUUUUUGUGGUCGUGGGAUUUGGAGUGCUUCCCGGUUUAGUCCCUUUCCUCGUAAGCGGGCUUCUUAACGUUCCGUUUGCUAAGUUACUUCAAAAGUGUCAAACUGAAUUCAUGAUUGCUCAAGAUAAGCGACUAAGAUCAAUGUCCGAAAUUCUAAACAAUAUGAAGAUAAUUAAGUUGCAAUCAUGGGAAGAGAAGUUCAAAACCUUGCUAGAGUCAUUUAGAGGGCUUGAAUUUAAAUGGUUAGGAGAAUCUCAGUAUAAAAAGACCUAUAACACUGUGUUAUAUUGGAUGGCUCCAACUAUAGUUUCUUCUGUCAUCUUUUUCGGAUGUGUACUUUUCAGAAGCGCUCCAUUUGACGCUAGUACCAUUUUCACAGUGUUGGCAGCAUUAAGGACCAUGUCGGAACCUGUCAGGGUUAUACCCGAGGCUCUUUCCAUUUUGAUCCAGGUUAAUGUAUCUCUCAAAAGGAUAAAUUUGUUUCUACUUGAAGAUGAACUCGAAGAAGUGGAUUUGUCAGGGCGUUCUUCAGGAGAUUUAAGCCACAGUAUUUGGAUACAACAGGGUGAGUUUAGUUGGGAUACAGAGUCAGCAACUCCAACCUUAAGAAAUAUAACCUUGGAAGUAAGACCGGGGCGGAAGAUUGCAGUUUGCGGGCCAGUUGGUGCUGGAAAGUCAUCACUUUUGUCUGCUAUACUUGGCGAAAUCCCAAAGAGAUCUGGAAUUGUGAAUGUCUUUGGAUCCGUUGCUUAUGUUUCACAAGCUUCUUGGAUCCAGAGUGGGACCAUUCGUGACAACAUUCUCUUUGGAAAGCCAAUGGAUAAGACCAAAUACGAAGAAGCCAUUCGAGUUUCUGCUUUAGACAAAGAUAUUGAUAGUUUUGACUAUGGUGAUCUUACAGAGAUAGGUCAGAGAGGCCUCAAUUUGAGUGGAGGACAGAAGCAGAGAGUUCAACUUGCUCGGGCUGUCUACAAUGAUGCGGAUAUCUAUCUUCUUGAUGACCCUUUUAGUGCAGUCGAUGCUCAUACAGCCACAACUCUAUUUAACGAAUGCGUCAUGACUGCAUUAAAGAAGAAGACGGUUGUUCUUGUGACUCAUCAAGUCGAGUUUCUCGCAGAGGUCGAUAUCAUUCUGGUUAUGGAAGAUGGACAAGUUAUCCAAUCAGGAAACUAUAAGGAGCUUCUGAUGGCUGGAUCGACGUUUGAAAAACUUGUGCAUGCUCAUAAAAAUGCAAUGUCAAUGCUUGAUACGUCAUCUAGUGCGAACAAACAAGAGUCUCAGGCGGUGCAAACCAAUAAGUCUUUCAUUUGUAAAGAAGAGAGAGAAGGGGAGAUUUCCACUAAUCUCGGGGUACAAUUGACAGAGGAGGAAGAGAAGGAAAUUGGUGAUGUUGGGUGGAAGACUUUCUUUGAUUAUGUUUCCAUUGCCAAGGGAUUGAACUUUUUAUGUUUGACUACAAUCAGUCAGACAGGUUUUAUAGUUCUUCAAGCUGCAGCUAGUUUCUGGCUAGCAUUUGCUAUUCAAAUCCCUAAGAUAAGCAGCGUUGUCGUUGUUGGCAUUUACACUCUAACUUCAUUUCUUAGUGCUGUCUUCGUAUAUUUGAGAUCUCUAUUUGUAGUUCAUUUAGGACUAAAAGCUUCUCAAGCCUUUUUCUCUGGUUUUACCAAUUCGAUUUUCAAUGCUCCCAUGCUCUUCUUCGACUCCACCCCAGUUGGAAGAAUUUUAACCCGAGCUUCAUCAGAUUUGAGUGUACUAGAUUUUGACAUUCCUUUUGCCUUCGUUUUCGUGCUGGCUUCUGUACUUGAGCUGCUAUCAACAAUUGGCAUUAUGGCCUCAGUCACCUGGCAGGUUCUGUUUGUGGGCAUAUUUGCCACAGUAGCUUCAAAAUAUGUCCAGGGAUACUAUCAACCCUCCGCUAGGGAGCUAAUGAGAAUCAAUGGAACCACAAAAGCUCCGGUCAUGAAUUAUGCAUCCGAGACAGCACUAGGAGUUGCCACAAUAAGAGCAUUUACAAUGGUAGACAAGUUCUCUGAGAACUACCAAAAGCUCGUAGACACAGAUGCAAAAGUUUUCUUUUUUUCGAAUGCCGCCCAGGAAUGGUUAGUUUUGAGAACAGAAACACUUCAAAAUCUUACCCUAUUCACGGCUGCAUGUCUCUUAGUUUUGACCCCGAAGGGUUAUAUUGCUCCAGGACUUGUGGGACUAUCUCUUUCGUAUGCUUUUGCGCUGACUGGCACUCAGGUGUUUCUAACUCGAUGGUAUAGCAGCUUAUCUAAUUAUAUCGUUUCAAUAGAAAGAAUCAAACAGUUUAUGCAUAUUCCUCCCGAGCCUCCAGCAAUCGUGGAUGACAAGAGGCCACCAACUUCAUGGCCCUCAAAGGGGAGGAUAGAUAUGGUGGAUCUGAAGAUUCGGUAUCGGCCUAAUGCUCCGAUAGUGCUCAAAGGGAUCACUUGCACUUUCAGUGAAGGGACUAGAGUAGGAGUCGUUGGAAGAACGGGAAGUGGGAAAACAACUCUGAUCAGUGCGUUGUUUCGUCUGGUUGAGCCUUAUAGCGGACAGAUUAUUAUAGAUGGGAUUGACAUUUGCUCCAUAGGUCUAAGAGAUUUAAGGUUAAAACUCAGUAUCAUCCCUCAGGAGCCAACUCUUUUCAAGGGAAGCAUUCGGACAAAUUUGGAUCCUUUAGGACUUCACUCUGAUGACGAGAUAUGGAAGGCUCUAGAAAAAUGCCAGCUUAAGGACACCAUCAUUCGGCUACCAAACUUGCUUGACUCUUCUGUGAGCGAUGAAGGCGAGAACUGGAGCAUGGGGCAACGCCAGCUUUUCUGUCUUGGUCGAGUCCUUCUCAGACGAAACAGAAUUCUAGUUCUCGAUGAGGCAACUGCAUCAAUAGACUCUGCAACAGAUGCCAUUUUACAGAAAAUUAUAAGAGAAGAAUUUGCCAACUGCACAGUCAUAACUGUGGCACACAGAGUUCCAACAGUCAUAGACAGUGACAUGGUCAUGCUCCUCUCUUUUGGGAAGUUGGUGGAAUAUGAUGAGCCUUCAAAGCUUAUGGAGAUCAAUUCAUCUUUCUCUAAGCUUGUAGCUGAAUAUUGGUCCAGCUGCAGGAUGGAAUCCCCGCCCGAUAUCAUAAUAGAAAAUGAUGUAGCGGAAGCAUAA